AUGAAACGAGAAAAAGGAAGGAAGAAUUUGAUGUACUGGUGUUCGAUUGAUGGUUGGAGUUUUUUCCAAAAACGUGUUUUCAACUUGAUACACGAAUACUCAGCUAGGAUGAAUGGUUCUAUGUUCAACACUGGGGAGGAUUUACGAAUUGUGGAGUUCUUUCGUGUUAAAACAAGAAGGGUGCAUUUUGUUGAUCCCGUUGGAUGUUUUUGGAGCCCGCCUGGUCAGAACGAGAUUUUGCUUUGUUGCGAUGGAGCCUUGACGGGGAACCCGGUGGUGGCGGGUGCUGGAGUUGUAGCAAGAGACGCUACUUGCACUGUAGUUGGGGCUAUGAGUAUUUGGCUGGAAGUUGCUAGCAAUUACUUGGCGGAGAUUUAUGCUAUUUUGGUGGGUCUGGAAUGGGCUAUUGUUUGGGGUUUUAGAAAUGUAGUGGUGCGCACUGACUCUCUUAGUGCUAUUCGAGCCUUUGAAGAUAACUCAGUCCCUUGGUUUUUUGUGCAAAGGUGGAUGGAUGCUAGAAGGAAAUAUGACUAUGUUCGUUUCAUUCAUACUUAUCGUGAAGCGAAUUUUACAGCUGAUAAUAUGGCCAAGCGUGGUUGUUUUUUGACCAAUGGUAUGGGAAUGCAUUAUGUAGGUCGUCCUAUUUUUUUAAAAUUCUGUUGA